CCUUGUAUUUUACUAAUAUGCCUUUGUGUUAUAGCUGUCUCUAGGGAUGAAACAGAUGAGAGUGAAAGUGAUGUGGAAGAGCUGGAUACUUCCCCACCUUCAGAAACGGAAUCUGAGCUUCCACUCACUUCUGAUACUGCUCCUACUGGACCUGCUGACAUUUCUCAAUCCAGAUCUGAGGGACCUAUGCAGCCUCAUAUCAGGUCUUUCCCCAAAACACAAAUGGGCAACCGGAAGAGAGCUUUUAAAGAUUCCUGGUACAAGGACAAUAUAUGGCUUGAGUACUCAUUAAGCAAAGACUCUGCUUUUUGUUAUGCUUGCAGACAUUUCUCCCUUCCAAAUGCACCAUCAUCUGUUUUCACAUCCACAACUGGCUUUUCCAACUGGAAAAAAGCCUUGUGUAAGGAGAGGGGCUUUAAAGCUCACUCUAAAUCAGACCACCAUCAAAAUGCAAUGUAUGCAUGGAAGCAACACCAGCAUGUUGUUAAAACUAAAUCUUGCCUAUUAGAUUCCAUCAACAAGGAGAGAGAAAAGAAAAUCAAAGAAAAUCAGUUGUAUAUCAAAACAAUUGCUGAUGUUCUUCUACUGACAGCCACACAGAAUAUUUCUCAGAGAGGCCAUAGAGAGUCUGAGAAUUCAAACAACAAAGGGAACUUCAUUGCCAUUUUGGAAGAGGUAGCCAAACAUGAUCCUCUUAUAAAGAAGCAAAUGAGUGCUUAUGGGAACUCUAAAUACACUAGCAGUGGAAUUCAAAAUGAAAUAUUGGAAUGCUUGGCAGAGAUGGUACAGACUGAAAUCAUCAAAGAAGUUAAAGACAGUGAAGUGUUCAGCAUCAUCGCUGAUGAAACAAAAGAUCUAGGGAAAAAGGAGCAGGUGUCUCUGGUUUUAAGGUAUUACUACAAUGGCACUGUACAUGAAAGUUUUUUAAAAUUUCAGCAGGCUGAGAGCCUGGAUGCAGCAGGGUUAAGCAGCAUGAUAAUCAAGUGCCUUGAAAAGUAUGGCCUUGAAUAUCGGACCAACCUAGUGGGGCAGGGUUAUGAUGGUGCUGCCGUUAUGAGUGGGAGACACUCAGGUGUUUCCAAAAGGAUCUAA